AUGGAUAGAAAAAGAAAAUUGGGUAAAAUUGAUGAGAACCCAUCGGAAUCGAGUGAAAGGCCAAAAGUAUUUACAGCAUUACAUCGUGAUCCGAAAUAUCGAAAAGCAAAUGCCGAAUUUCUAACGAGACGCCUUCGCUUGGAAUUUGAUAAGCUGACAACCGCUCGGCCACUUUGCAAAGGGGCCUCAAGCAUACCUCCGCUUCCACCGGAAUUACGAAAAUCACAUCGAAUCAAAUUAAGAACCGAUGCAAAAAAAUCAAGAAAACGAAAAUUUCCCAACUACACAAAAAUGCGUGAAGAGCGAGAGGAGUUUCGUAAGACAUUGGUUGAGUUGAUCGUGGCCAAAGAAACUGAAGAUAAAACGGGCGACACAUUUCCCAAUUCACAAGAGCGUCAGCUUUUAAGAUAUUACUAUUAUAUCAAGCAUGGCAUAGAUACAAAUCACAUCGCCCCGAUGACUAAGCGAAUGCUGAAUAAGAUUCUGCGAUUGGUUCCGAAGCGACUGACAAAAUGGCAGGACAUCAUCGAUACGAAUGUUGAUGAAAUCAAAUCAGAGUACAUUUUCGUUUCGAAAAAAUCGGUUGUGGAUUUCGUACUGGGAAAAUCGCUAGAUAAUUCAUGCGACAACCACAGCAGCAGUGGCAGCGGCGACGGCGGUAGUGAUGCGAAAAUAUCUCAGGAACGUCAUGAAAUAAAAGAAAUUGGAAAGCAUCAUGCACAUGUAAUCCAUGUGAACCGUCGAGCAAUUAGUCGCAACCUCUACGUCAUCACACCAUGUCUACGACAAAUGCUUGCGCUUUGGCACACAACAUAUACGAAGCUGUGUUUCAUCGAUGCCGAAGACUUGCUUCGUCAUGUUGGUACAUUUGAUUUGGUUGAAUUCAUCACGACAAUAAACAAACAAAUUGAAGAUACGAGAGAGAUUUUGUCCACCAAAUGGUAUGACGCAUUGAAAUUGAUAUUUGGAUCGGCGAUGAAGAGGAAAGUGAUGCCGGACGCAACAAAACCGAGAGCGUUGCAUCGAUUUUUCGAUUGUGUUGCAUCACAAAUGACUCAUUGCUUGCAGGAUAUUGCCGUGCGAAGUCUCAAAAUAUUCGUCCAAUUCAUGAAAAAUAGAUCCAAUCCGAGAAUUCAAUUGCACGUUAUGCUCGAAGACGAAGAUCGAAUGGUAUUUUGUCCGACAUUUGUGAAAAUUCACACGGAAAUUUUGCACAUCGUAGAGAGUGUGCUGGGUGCUGUACAGAAUUUCGAGCGCAUCGAAACAACAAUGCCAAAUUUCUCCGAAUUUCUUCCGCGAAAUAAUUACCUGAAACCAAUCAUUGCGGCCGACAUAAUUGACGAAUGUAGAAGGCAAAUCACCGAUGUUUUGGAAGAGGAACGUAUCGUGCCCGAGUUGAUGUUACAAGACUUUGAUGACUAUAUGGAUUUAAUGAAUGGCGCCGAUGCGGACAAAAUUUACAAUUUCAUGAAUUCCAAUCCGGCAUUUGAAGAGUACUGCGAGCUGAUUAAUCACUACAAUGAUGUAGAGUACGAAAUAUCCGUGAACAUUUGGGGCAUUGUUUCGAUAGGAUUUUAUGAGUUUCAUCGUACCUCAUUAAUCGGUACGCUCGAAGUGUUAGCUAAAUUCAUGCAAACUGAACUCCUCACAAAAAUGGUUGCCGACCAACAAGCCGACAUGGCAAAAUUACAAAGUGAAUACGAGGAGAUAUCAAAACAAGCGCUCACCAUUCCCAAAAACACCGCCGAACUAAUGAAUUCAAAAGCGUAUACCGAGCGAACACAGGCCGAAGUCAUACCAGAAAUGGAAAAGAGAUUGAAAUUGAAUUUGGAUCAUUUCCUUUGGUUGAUGGACCAAACAAUUUACACGCCAUUGGAAAUCAAACAGAAUAGCAUUACGUUUCAGUGGUAUUUGAAAAUGCCGUCAGUUUUUCUGCAAAAUCAACAAAUCGUCGAACAGAAAACCAUUGAAUACCAAGAACUGUUGAGAAAACGGAUUGAGCAAUUUCGUCGUGAUUUGGAUUUGUAUUGGGAACAGUUAUUGGAAUACGAUGUUUGGGGUGAUAUUACGCUCGUUGCAAAGUACAAACGCAAAGCGAACGUUUUAGAUGCUCGGCUAACGGCUGCACUGGAAAAAAUCGAGCGCAUAAACGAAGAGGAAAAAUCAUUUGGUUGGCCACUGUCAGAGUAUCCAUUGCGAAAGCAGACACAUGUGAAAUUGAUGCCGUAUAAAAAACUGUUCGAUGCGGGUCAAGAUUUUAUUGAGAAACGUGAUUUAUGGCUAAAGAGUCAAGUGGGUACAUUCGAUCCGGAGGACAUAGCCAAGAGCAUUGAAACUAUUUAUGAUGAUUUAUUGAAAUUAAGCCAAGGGUUCGAAGAGCAUCCGCAAUCUCGGCGACUCGCCGAGGAUAUCAAAAUAAAUAUCGACGAAUUUAAAUUGAACAUGCCAAUUAUACAAACUCUAUGUAAUCCAGGGCUGAAGAACCGUCAUUGGGAACAAAUUUCGGAGAUGGUGGGUUUCCCAAUCGUUGUUUCGGCCGAGCUAACGCUGGAAAAGGUUAUCGAAUUUGGACUGGAAGAUUAUUUGGCACGGUUCGAAAAGAUUUCGCAAAGUGCAACCAAAGAAAAUAGUCUCGAGCUUGCCAUGAGCAACAUGAUUGUCGAAUGGCAGGGCAUCGAGUUUUCCAUCCAUUUUUUCCGCGACACAUACAUCUUGGCAAGUGUAAAUGAUAUUCAAACGCUGCUCGACGACCAUAUCAUUAAAACGCAAACCAUGAAAAAUUCACCAUAUAUCAAACCGUUUGAGACGGAAAUUUUAUUAUGGGAAUCAAAAUUGGUGCUACUGCAAGAGAUUUUGGAUGAUUGGCUUCGUGUUCAAGCCACAUGGAUUUAUUUGGAGCCGAUUUUCUCCAGUCCUGACAUUCAACAACAAAUGCCCGAAGAAGGGCGACGUUUUGGUGCCGUUGACAAAAUUUGGAAGGAGCUUAUGAAACAAGUUCAUCUAGAUCCGGCUGUGAUGUCUGUUGUUGAUAUCGACAAAAUGUCGGAAAAACUUAAAAAAGCCUUCAGUUUACUGGAAAUAAUUCAAAAAGGGCUUCAUACCUACCUCGAGAAGAAACGCUUGUACUUUCCAAGAUUUUAUUUCCUCUCAAACGAUGGUUUACUGGAAAUUUUGGCUGAAACAAAAGAUCCAACUCGAGUGCAACUUCAUCUUAAAAAGUGUUUCGAAGGCAUCAGUUCGUUAACAUUCACUGACAUGCUUGAAGUAGCUGUUAUGAAAUCGUCUUAUGGUGAAGAGGUUGAAUUAACGCAGGUAAUAUCAACGGCAAAAGCACGUGGUCAAGUUGAAAAAUGGCUUCUCGAAUUGGAGCGUGUAAUGAAGGAAACGGUUCUGGCGCAAAUUUUCGAUGCGAUUGAAAGUUAUUCGAGCCAAGAAUUUGGCGAAUGGAUUUUGCAGUGGUCGGGGCAAUUUGUAUGCGCAUCAACUCAUGCAACUUUCCUCGUCGAGUUUACCAAACAGAUUGAUGCAGCCUUACUGUCAACAAACAAUACAAAGUUUGCAUUCGAGAAAACAGCGCAAAAGCUCGAGAGGCAAAUUGAAAAAACCGUUUCGUUACUUAGACGAAAUCUAUCACCCGGCAAGCGUUUAAAUUUACGAACUUUACUGAUAUUGCUCAUUCAAGCGCAGAAUAUUUUAAACCGUUUAAUUGAAAAGAAUGUCGAUUCAGUGGAACAUUUCGAGUGGAUGGGUCAAAUGCGCUACUAUUUCGACGAGUAUAAAAUCGAAGUAAAGAUGCUGUUGUCAAAAUUACUUUAUGGUUUCGAGUAUAUUGGCAAUAAAUCUUGUAUGGUUAUCACUCCAUUGACUGACCGAUGCUAUCGCACUGUUUUUGUUGGACUCAAUCAACAUUUCGGCAUGGCACUACAGGGUGAGGCUGGCAUAGGAAAAACGGAAAUAGUCAAAGAUUUGGCCAAGGCACUUGCCAGAUAUUGCAUUUCAUUCAAUUGUGCCUACGAUUUGGACUACAUUGUAAUGAGUAAAUUCUUCAAAGGACUAGCUGCAUGCGGAGCAUGGGUUUGCUUUGACAAUUUUAAUCAUAUCGAGUCGGGUGUCUUGUCUGUUGUGGCACAUUAUAUGCAAACGAUCCAAGAGGCAUUGAAGUUGGCCCAACCGAAUUUCAUCAUCGAUGGUAUAAUGUUGCCGAUGAAUUCGAGCUGCGCUAUUUUUACUACGCUCAGUUCAUUGAAACCGAUAAAUUGUCACGAGAAAUUACAUGACAAUCUCAAGACUUUGUUCCGACCGAUAUCGAUGAUGUUGCCCGAUAUGAAGCGCAUAGCCGAAAUCGAAUUGCUAUCGCAUGGUUUCGAAAAUGCACAGUCAUUAGGGAUUAAAAUCAUUACGAUGUUUCAAUUAUGUAAGGAGCAGCUAAUAGCUCAGCCGCAUUAUGAUUUCGGGAUGCGAACCAUGAAAACCGUGUUGGAAAUGAGCGAACGAGCCAAAAUCGGAGGAGCGACCGAGAAAAAUGAAGAGGCAAUGCUCAUUGAAAUUAUUCGCAAAACCAUUUUAUGCACACUAGAUGAUGAAGAUGUUUCUAUUUUUGAGUCUAUUUUAAGCGACAUUUUCGGCAAUAAAUGUACCAAGCCGUCUGAAUCGCCCAUACGGCAAGCCAUUGUCGAUGCUUGCACGGCACAAAAUAUAAAUGCGACGAAAUAUUUUGUGGAAAAAGUUUAUCAACUUUACGAAAUGUUGCACAUCCGUGCCGGGAUAAUGAUCGUCGUCGGUGAUUCAUUUGCAGGCAAAACGACGACAUAUCGAGUUCUCAGAGAAGCACUGGCCAUUUUGGAACAACGACCGCCAACGACGGCGGCGACGGAAAUAAAAGAGAGCCAUCCGAUGUGCACGAUUAUUAAUCCGAAAAGUGUAACUAUUGGUCAAUUGUAUGGUGGUUUCGAUGAAAAAUCGCAUGAAUGGCGAGAUGGCAUUUUGGCAAUAAAUUUCAAGCAUUUUAUCAAUGCCAACGACACUGACAACGAAUACAAACGAAAGUGGUUAAUAUUCGAUGGGCCCGUCGAUACGGUUUGGAUGGAGAAUAUCAAUAGCGUGUUGGAUGAUAAUCGAAAACUUUGUCUCACUUCGGGUGAUAUAUUUUAUUUGAGCAGCUCCAUGAAUCUUUUAUUCGAAGCAUUGGAUUUGGCAGACGCAUCACCAGCAAUUGUGUCUCGUUGUGGUGUCGUUUACAUGUCGUCGGUUUCGUUGGGCUGGCAGCCAUUGCUCGAGCAAUGGAAAGCAAAAUUACCACACAUUCUCGAAGAUGUGAACAAGCAAGAAAUAACCAAUUUGUUUAUGCGAUUUUGUCCAAUCCUUUUGUAUUUCGUUCGGCAUUCAUUCGGAGCAAGGGGAAUGCUAUACACAACCGAUUCGAAUUUGAUAACGUCGCUAAUGAACCUCUUUGAAUGCUUUAUCGACGAUUACUAUGAUGAAAAAACCACAUCAACACUCACCGAACUGGAUGUUCGGGCGCAACUGGAGGGAAUGUUCUUCUUCUCUUGCAUAUGGUCAUUGGGCGGUGCAUUGCCUAGUGAAACGAGUCGCUUGUCAUUUUCAGUGCUAUUCCAUGGCUUAUUGUUGAAAGACUUUCCAAACGAACUUUAUGAAAAGUUUAAUAUUCCCGACGAACUACAAGUGACCAGUUUGACAAAGCCGUACAUUUUUACAAUACCGAAGGCGGGCAGUGUUUUUGAUUAUCGCUUUAUUUGCGAAGGCAAGGGCAAAUGGAAAUUAUGGUCGGAUGAAAUCGCUAUAGCACCUCCAUUAUCUCGUGAUAUCCCCGUCAAUCAAAUCAUAAUUACAACUAAAGAGACUGUUCGCAUUUAUGCACUCCUCGAUUUACUUGUACGCCAUGGAAAAGCCACUCUACUCGUUGGGCCAACAGCAACCGGCAAAACCAUUUAUGCUCACGAUUUCUUAUCGAAGAAAAUCGAUCAACACGCUUAUGUUUCAAUUAACAUGAAUUUUACAGCGAACACAACGGCAAAACAAGUGCAACAAAUUAUUAUGGCGCGAUUGAGUAAGCGUCGCAAAGGGGUAUUUGGUCCGCCUCUAGGCAAACAAUGCGUCAUUUUCGUUGAUGACCUUUCAUUACCAGAACCAGACGAUCAAAGUAGCUCACAGUCGGCAGUCGAACUACUUCGCAUGUGGAUUGAUCACUCCAUUUGGUAUGAACACAAGGACUUUGUACCAACCAAACUCAUCGAUUUGCAGAUCAUGUGUUCAAUGCUCUCGCCCCAAUAUAACGGACGAAGCAUCACUCCACGGUUUUUACGCCACUUCAACAUCAUUGCGGUCGAUGAAUUCAAUAACGAGAUUCUUCGGUCUAUUUUCAGUAAAAUCGUUUUAUGGCAUUUGGAUGCGCGCGGAUUUUCCAAGGAAUUCGAUCCUUGUAUUGAUGAAAUCGUUCUUGGAACUAUGUCUAUUUAUAAUGAGGUUCAAAAAAUAUUGCUGCCCACACCCGCCAAAUCUCAUUAUCAAUUCAAUGUUCGUGAUUUUUCGCGAGUCGUUCAAGGUGUUCUGCUGUCGGUGCCUGAGGCGAUUGAAGGAAUCGAUACAAUGCGAAGGCUUUGGGCACAUGAGAUUGGGCGUGUGUACGGUGACCGUCUGGUCAAUGCUUCAGAUCAACAGUGGUUAUUCGAUCAGAUUUGUCGAGCCGUUGAAAGUAAUUUACAUACCACACCACAAGAGCUGUUCAGUCGAUUUAUCGAUGCGGGCAAACCGAUUAUACCAGACAAUUUACGUAAGCUGAUGUUUUGUGAUUUUACAAAUCCAAAAGCAGACACUCGAAAUUACUUGGAGGUUCAGGACUUGGAUGAGCUUCGAUAUGUCGUGGAGUGUUAUCUUGUUGAAUUUAAUAACAUGUCGAAACGACCAAUGAAUUUAACAAUGUUUCGAUACACUGUCGAACAUUUGUCUAGAAUAUGCCGUGUUUUAAAACAACCACGAUCUCAUGCGUUGUUAAUCGGCAUCGGUGGAUCUGGACGACAGUCUUACACUCGUUUGGCCGCUCACAUUAUGGACUAUGAACUAUUCCAAAUUGAACUGAGUCGAACCUACUCGUUGGAGGAAUGGACGGAAUUUUUGAAGGCUAUGCUUUUGAAAGUCAGCUCAACCGAAUCCCAUGGAGUAUUUCUCAUAACCGAUGCUCAAAUAAAGGACGUUCGAUUUUUGGACGACAUCAGCAAUCUCUUGCAAUCGGGUGAAGUUUUACGUUUAUUUGACCCGGAUGAAAUUAAGGAUAUUUGCGAAAAAAUGCUAGCGAUUGACAAGCAACGAGAUAAAACACUUCAAACCGAUGGAUCGCCAAAGGCAUUGUAUGAAUUUUUCGUUAAUUUGAUUCGUGAACAAUUGCAUGUGAUUUUAUGCAUGUCACCAGCUUGUAAUCGCUUCCACGAAAUAAUUCGUGACUAUCCAUCAGUUAUAAAUGCCUGCAGUAUUUCAUGGUUCCAUCCAUGGCCCGACGAUGGUUUGUAUGCAGUCGCACAACGAUUUUUAACCGAAGAAGGUUUUGAACAUCUAACCGAACCUGAAACAUCAGCCGCCAUAAUAAUGUUCAUGGAAUUUUUCACAAGCACAAUGUCAUUGACUCAGGAAAUUUUCAUGCAACACCAUCAACGUGUCAACAUUCCGCCAAUGAGUUAUGUCGAAUCGAUAACCAUAUUCAAAGAUAAAUUGGUGAAGAAAAAAUUGGAAUUUAUGAAACGAGAAAAAAAAUAUCGAAUCAGUUUGGAGCGAGUGGCGGAAUCGUCCGAACAAAUGGUUUCAAUGCAAGAUUCAAUCGAUGCACUGGAGCCACAAUGCAAGAUAGCCUCGGAAAAAGUUUCGAAGCAAGUUUCUGAUGUGCAAACGGCGCAGGAAGCGGUCGAUGAACAGCGUGAAGUUGUUAAAAAGGACGAACUAACUGUUUCCGACCAAUCGGCUCAGGCCAAUGACUUGGAGGAACAUUGUAAAAAUAUAAUGGAAGACGUUAUACCUCAGAUGAAGGAAGCCGAAGAGUCUUUGUCUUCGUUGACCCCAGCCGAUUUGGCAUCGGUUCGUACGAUGAAAAGCCCUCCGAUGCCCGUAAAAGUCGUUAUGGAAGACAUUUGCAUUUUGCGUGACAUAAAACCGGAAAAAGCGACGGUAACCAUCGAAGACUACUGGUCGUUGUCGAAAAAGAUGCUUAACGAUCCGAAAUAUGUAGAGUAUUUGCUAACGCUGGAUAAAGACAUGAUUCCGGAUCACAUAAGCGAAAAGCUACAGGAAAAAGUACUGUCAAAUGAUGCAUUCGAUGUGGAAAAAAUUAAACUAAUUUCGGUAGCAUGUGAAAUGCUGUGCAAAUGGGUGAUUGCCAUUGUGAAAUAUGAUAGAGCUGCCAAAAUUGCUCUACCCAAACGGCUUGAAUUGAAAGAAGCGGAAACAAUUCGUGAUGCAUCGAUAGCGCAAUUAAAUUCGAAAACCGAAGAGCUUCGUUUGCUCGAAGACAAUUUGAGCGAUUUGCAAAAGCAAUUGAAAAUUGAGAAGGAUAAUUUCGAGAGCUUAAAAUCGGAUCAUGAACGGUGCAGCAAAAGAUUACAGCGCGCAACUGAAAUAGUCGCAUCGCUAGGCGGUGAAAAAGAGCGGUGGCAACAGUCAAUGGAAGACAUACAAACGAAAUCAAAAUAUCUCAUCGGCGAUGUGCUCGUUUCGAGUGGAAUUGUUGCCUAUUUGGGCCAGCUUACGGAAUCAUAUCGACGCAAACAGAUUCAAAGUUGGAUUGAAAAAUGCACUUCACUCGGUUUAUACUGUGAUCCUGAAUUUAAAGUGGAGAACGUUUUUGCCGACAAAGUUCAAGUGAAAUCGUGGAAUGUUUUUGGGUUGCCCGACAAUCGAUUUUCCGUUGAAAGUGCAGUUAUUUUGCAAAAUACACGUCGAUGGACGUUAAUAAUAGAUCCACAAGGUUUCGCAAACAAAUGGAUUAAAAAUUUGGAAAAAGAAAAUCGAAUAUGCAUCAUUCAAGUAAGCCAACCAGACUAUUUACGUGUUCUUGAGAAUGCGAUUCAGUAUGGGCUGCCGGUUUUGAUGGAGAAUGUAGGUCUUGAUUUGGAGCCGUGUAUGGAAUCCGUUUUAAUGAAAGAAGUAUUUAGGCAAAGUGGCACACGUCACAUCAAGCUGGGCGAAAGCCUUAUCGAAUACAAUGACGCCUUCAGAAUCUACCUUACAACGAAAUUGGCGAAACCGCAUUAUCCAGCUGAAGUAGCGGCAAAAGUGGCUAUUUUGGAUUUCAGAGUAACUUCAGCUGGAAUGGAAUCGUAUUUGCUCGGUGUAACUGUUCUAAGAGAGAGAUCAGAUGUCGAAGCAGAGAAAAGUCAAAUCGUUUCAAUGAAAGUGGACACAAAUAGAACACUUAUCAACGAGGAAAACAAAAUUCUCGACACGCUCUCAACCGAUGAUCAUCUAUUGGAGCACGAUGCUGCGGUGCAAUUAAUCAGUGCGUCGAAAAUUCAAAUAAAUGAAUUACUUGAAAAAAUUAGUGUUGCCAAAGUGACCGAAAAGCAAAUUGAUGUAACACGCAUGGCAUACAAACCGCUGGCCGCACAUGCCAGCAUCAUUUAUUUUACCAUCGAUGAAUUGAUGAACAUAAAUCAAAUGUACCAAUACAGUUUGUCAUGGUUUGUGGGUCAUCUUACAUCGGCCAUCGACAAUACGGAUAAAGUCGACGAUGUCCAGCAACGAAUCAAAGACUUAAAAAAAUACCUUACCUAUUUUAUCUACACCAAAUUGUGUCGAAGUCUUCAAGAGAAGGAAAAAAUUGUCUUUUCAACACUUCUUGCAAAGAAUGUCAGCAUUACGGAAAAAUUGGCCACCAAAGAAGAAUGGGAAUGCCUAUUCUCAAGUGGCAAGCUGAAAAAUUGGAAUGAAAAUGACCCUAACAAACCUGAUUGGAUAUCUACUCAAACAUGGUCGGCACUCAAAAGGCUCUCGACGGUGGCUAGUUUUUCCGAUGUUAUAGACAAGCUGCUGGAAAAUGAGUCACAGUGGCGAAAUUAUGCCAAACAGACCGAGUCAAAUGAAAUUAAUUUUCCUGCUGGCUGUUAUCGUUCCGAUUUGACAUCGUUUCAGAAGCGAUUGCUGUUCUCUUGCUUUCAGCCAAUGAAAUUGAUUGUCGCCCUUUAUUCGUUCAUUGAUGAGACACUGGGCAGUGAAUUUACCGAGUCACCCCCUUUCGAUUUGGCAUCGGCAUUUGGCGAUUCAACAUGUUGCAAACCGUUGCUCUUCAUUUUAUCAUCGAAUUACGAUCCAAUAAAAAGCAUUCGACAUCUGGCCGAGACACAAUUAAUCGAUCGAAAUCGAUUGACAUCGUUGUCGAUGGCGAUGGGUGAACAGCAAAAUUCAUUAGCAAUAAAAUUGGUGGAAGACGGAAUUAAAUCGGGUGAUUGGGUUAUUUUACAAAAUUGUCAUUUGGCCAUCGAUUGGAUGAGCGUUCUGGAACGAAUAUGCGAUAAUCUUGCACCGGACACAACGAAUCAAGAUUUUCGUUUAUGGCUCACAUCGCAUUCGACGCACAUUUUUCCACUAUCGAUAAUUCAGGGUAGCGUGAAACUUGUCAACGAACCACCAAAACGAUUGCGAGGUACGUUGAUGCGCACAUUUAGUUGCCAACCACUCACCGACGACAGCUGGAUAAGUGAAAACAAGCAUCCGAAUCAACUCAAAGCACUGCUGUAUUCGUUGAGUUUCUUGCACGGUGCCAUUUUGGAACGACGUAAUUUCGACUCAAUUGGUUGGAAUCACCAUGCAUACGAUUUCAAUGACACGGAUCUUUUCAUGAGCAUUUAUCAAUUCUAUGAAUACUUGAAUGCAUUUAAUAGCAUUCCAUUUGAAACUUUACAAACAUUGCUAGCGGAGUGCAAUUAUGGGGGUCACAUGAAUGACAUUACCGAUCUCAAAUGCUUGAAAUUAUUCACCGAACAUUUUUGCUCACGUGAAUUCUGCGAAAGCGGUGGCAAAUUGGCGAAUAAUACGAUGAAAAUUGAGGCCUACUUUCCGGAUAAUUACUCGACAAUUGAUUCGAUUAUAAGUCAUAUAAAAAGUCUAGACGAUAAAAAUGAUGCCUCCGUUUGCGGAUUGCAUCCGAAUUCAAACGUUCUGCGCGAACGAAAUGAAACCAAUUUUCUGAUUGCAAAUGUUACAUUAGCACAGGACUAUUCGUUGAGAUCAUCAGAGAAUGAGCCGUUGCUUAAUGCGGUCAAAGAUAUUUUAGAAGCCUUACCAAAUGAGUUUGACCUAAAAAUACUGAAUGAAAAGCAUCCAACCUCAAAUUCACUGAAUUUGGUGCUACUACAAGAGAUACGGCAAUACAACCGAUUACUAAAUUGCAUACGUACCACAUCGAUGGAGGUUUUAGACGCAAUUCAAGGCCGAAUCAUUCUGUCGCGCGAUAUAGAAACCGUUGCUAUGGCGAUCGCUAAUUCGAAAAUACCAACUGUUUGGUUAAUGAAUUCGUAUCCAACCCUGAAAUCACUUGGCAGUUUUGUCAAGGAUCUGCAACAAAGGAUAACAUUUUUCCAGGUGAUUGCAUGGAUUGAAACUGGUUCGCCUCGGAUCUAUUGGUUACCGGCAUUCUUUUCAGCUCAAUCAUUUCUUGCGGCCAUUCAACAGAACUACUCCCGCAACCAUGGCAUCGCGUACAAUCUCUUGACAUUCGAUUAUUUGACAGAUGAGACGGCCGAUGGUGAAUGUGUACCGGAAAUUGGAUGCUUAGUAAAUGGUCUGUUUUUGGAUGGAGCUGCAUGGUUGAACCAUUUGGUUGAAGCAAAAAAUGGUUUCCUCUUCGAUGAAAUGGUAACGAUCCACGUAAAGCCAACGAAGCGAGACGAUCUAAUUUUGGCGGAUGGUAAUUUCUACGAAUGCCCCUUAUAUAAAACCUUGAAGCGUCAGGUUUUAACAUGUGGCAAGAAGAAAAGUAGCAAUCUUAUAACAUUCGUUCAUCUAAAGUGCAGUGACGAUCUUUCGCCCAAUCACUGGAUUCUUCGUGGAUGUGCGCUGAUAUGUCAAUUAAACGAUUAA